AUGCUCGCGACCACGCCGUCGUCGUCGGGGGUCAAGUUACAGCCAUGGGGGAGUUGCCGGAGAAGGGCGGCAUCACCUGCUCUUCUUCCACCGACGGCCACCGGACGGAUCGUCGUCGAUUCCGGGAGGACGCUUCCCUCCCCUCUUCCUCUACGAGCUGUCGCCUCCCAGAGCGCGCAGACCUCUCGUGCGCCACAGCCACAGCCUCCGCCGUUGGAUGUUGACGAGGAGAAGAUGCUGGCCAACUACGUCCCGGUGUUCGUCAUGCUCCCCCUAGAAGCGAUCACCGCCGAGAACAAGGUGAAGGACGCGGAGGGGCUGAGGCUGAAGCUGCGGCGGCUGAGGGAGGCGGGCGUCGACGGCGUCAUGGCGGACGUGUGGUGGGGCAUCGUGGAGGGCGCCGGGCCGGGGCGGUACGAGUGGCGCGCGUACAGGGAGCUCUUCCGGUUGGCGCAGGAGGAAGGACUGAAGCUGCAGGUCAUCAUGUCGUUCCACGCGUGCGGCGGCAACGUCGGCGACGCCGUGAACAUCCCGAUACCGGCGUGGGUGCGCGACGUCGGCGAGGCGGACCCGGACGUGUACUACACUAGCCCCGGCGGGGCCAGGAACCAGGAGUACCUCACCAUCGGCGUGGACGAUCGGCCCUUGUUCCACGGCAGAACCGCCAUCCAGCUCUACGCGGAUUUCAUGGAGAGCUUCAGAGAGAACAUGGCGGACUUGUUGGAGUGUGGCCUAAUCGUGGACAUAGAGGUUGGGCUUGGCCCUGCCGGCGAGCUGAGGUACCCAUCCUACCCGGAGAGCCAGGGGUGGGCGUUCCCCGGCAUCGGGCAGUUCCAAUGCUACGACAAGUACCUAGAGGAGGAUUUCAGAGCGGCAGCGACGGAUGCCGGACACCCGGAGUGGGAGCUCCCCGACGACGCCGGGGAGUACAACGACGCCCCUGACGACACGCGCUUCUUCACGGCGGACGGCGCCGGCGCGACGUACCUCACCGAGAAGGGGAGGUUCUUCCUCACAUGGUACUCCAGCAAGCUGAUCGAGCACGGCGACAGGAUCUUGGACGAAGCCAACAGGGUCUUCCUGGGCUGCACCGUCAAGCUCGCCGCAAAGGUGUCGGGGAUACACUGGUGGUACAGGCACCCGAGCCACGCGGCGGAGCUCACCGCCGGGUACUACAACGUCGACGGGCGGGACGGCUACCGGGCGAUCGCGCGCAUGCUGGCGCGGCACGACGGCGCCGUCCUCAACUUCACCUGCGCGGAGAUGCGGAACUCGGAGCAGGCCGAGGAGGCCAUGAGCGCCCCGGAGGAGCUCGUCCAGCAGGUGCUGAGCGCCGGGUGGAGGGAGGGGACCGAGGUGGCGUGCGAGAACGCGCUGCCCAGGUACGACCGGCGGGCGUACAACCAGAUGCUGAAGAACGCGCGUCCCAACGGCGUCGACCUCGGCGGCGUCCCGGCGCGCCGCCUCGCCGCGGUGACGUACCUCAGGCUCACGGACCAACUCCUGGCCGGGAACAAGUACCGGGCCUUCAAAACCUUCGUCAGGAAAAUGCACGCCGAUCAGGCAAGCCCAGUUUUAGCGCCUUUGGCGGGCUAUGAGCCUGUGACUUCUGAUUACUGUGCCGAUCCGGCCCAGUACCACCGGCCCCUGAAGCCUCUGGAGCGGUCGAGGCCGGCGGUACCCAUGGACCAGCUGCUGGACGCGACGUCGCCGGAGGAGCCAUACCCGUUCGAUCCCGAGACGGACAUGAGCGUCGGCGGCGACCUCGCGGAGCUCAUCGACUGGGCGUUCGACAAGAUCGAAUGGAUAUUCGGUUGA